AAUAGCACGCAAGAUGUCUCGGUUGGGUCAAGUUCACACCGCGACUGCCGUGCCGGUCGAGCCUGCUGGUCGAGCUCCUUGGAAGGACGUCGCGGGAAAGGCGCCGAAAUUCCAUUUCGUGCUGUUCUUGAGCGAAAAAAAAAAAAUGUUGACUGCAUUUUGUGUGUAUAGCGAAAAUACCGCGCGUUAUUUUCAUUUUGCUUAUAAUUUUCAUUCAGAAAAGCCAACAGCGAACAACUGUCCAAGUGUUCAUGUUUUGACACUUCACAGAGUGCGAUUUUUCGCUCGGGCCUUGCAACGGUCACAGUUGUCGUGAUAAAGAGCCUUCGCGAUAGCCGCAACGUCCGUUUCUUUUAUCCGGAGUCGCUUAUUUGCUAUGGAUAUAACUGCCUUGCACCAGCUUUCGGUGGCACGUUGCCGGGCGCAGUGCCAUGUUUUUCCGAAGUGGCCGCGGUGUAGCUGUUGUAUCGGACGGUAUGGCACACACCGCGUCUGCGAAGAAGCGAGAGAAUGGCUUCUUGAAGGCGCAGCCUAACCGGGGCUGUUCCUGCUGAGGGGAGUCUGGGAAUGGAUCACAGGUCAGACUCGAAAUGGGUCCUGACCUCCAAAGAUGGCACAGUCCAUCCACUACCUGCAGGGAUGAUAUUCAUUGGGCGUCAGGAAUGUGACAUCAUAGUUGAUUCUGCUAGCGUGGACAAAAGGCAUGCAGUAAUAUUCUUCAACCCGAGUGACAAAUGCUUUCAUGUGAAGGACCUCAACAGCGUCACAGGGACAUACCUCAAUGGUGUCCGAAUACCGGAACAGUCUUACGUCAAGCUCAACCAUUUGGAUUCUCUCCGUUUUGGUUAUGGGCAUGAGGUGUUUAGUGUCCACAAAACUACUGACCGUGCAGUGCCUUCGGAUUCUGUGUCGCCCAAGAGGACCAUGCCGGCAUUUGGCGAUGGAGAUUUGGUCAUAAGGGAGGAUUCCAGUGCCAACAAAACAUUCUCCCGAGACAGUCCAGCUUCCGACAGCUCUGACAAGAUGCAGCGCUCUGGUAACAUGGCUCAAAAUACGACAUUCUUGUGUGAAAGUCUGAGUCGGGAUGCACCGUCUCAGCUCAGCAGUUCCUCGCGACCUGCGGAAGAUGUGAUACCGCAUCGGAUGAAGCUCUCUUCACCUUCGAGUUCUGCAGAAUCUGAAGCAAAGCCUCUCUCUUCCAUGGGGUUGGCUCAACGGACUUCUCCCCCCCUGACCUCAACUCCCAAGGAACCCUCGCCCCCAACUUCAAGCCCUCACAGCGCGGUGGGGACCCCGCCGAUUUCGUCCCCUCAUACGCCUGCUGCAUCUGCGACCCCCUCCCCUUCGGUGUCUGAUCCUGCCAGCCCGCGGAAAGCAUCUUCGAGUUCUCCAUCCAGUGCUGAGAAAGAGGCAUCUCUGUCAUCCCCUGUGAUGCAGGAUGCAGACUCUCUGGAGGACUUGAGCAGAACCGAGGAUUCCCUGAGCACCGUGAGGGAGGUUCUCCCUGGUAGGCCGCCUCCUACGAAGCCCACCACCUUGUCCUGGAAACCAUUGCAUUCACUCAGCAAGCCACGCGCACCACCACCACCAAAGGAGAGACCUGAAGAAAAGGGUUGUGAUUCAUCGCCUGGAGACUGUGGAGCCAAAUCCACACCCUCAAAGGAUGAACAGUCACCCUGUCCCGACACUCCUGCCUCCCAGACGCAGGCGUCUGGCUCGACCUCCAUGGCUUUCACGAUCCAUUUCGACAAUGACACGACCGGUGGCAAACCACUGGCCCUCAAGGACAGCAUACGCAAGUUUGCACCUCCAAAACCAGAAUCUGAGCGAACGCCGUCCAAGAGCCGGGCCUCCCCGGUGUCAAAGCCCAGUGAGCCAUUGGUAUCCACCGGUGGGAGCGGUCGGCGGACACCCACUAGUCCCAAUAAUGCUGCCGACUUAGCAAAGCGGCGCUGGAGUGGCGCGGAAGGGCGCGGCAGGAGUAGUGGUGGAGGGUGGAGCUCAGACGUCGAAUCCAGCCGCCAAGUUAGGCGGCAGGAUGACCAACGUCUGAGCGACUCAGCCUCUUACCUGAUCCAGAGAAUGCUCAAUGAUGGGCCUGCGCGAGUGCCAUUGCCAGGUCCCGUCGGGGGUGUCUCGUCGUCGGCGCCACGUGUUGAGCCAAGCUCCGGCCCAGAGCAGGUUGUGUCUCCUGCUGAUGAUCGAAGUGAGACUGGCACAUACACAGUUGAGACGGAUCGUGUGGACCCCGAUGUGGAGGAGGCCCGCCGUAGGAUUGAUGAGGUGUUUGGUGUGUCCUCACAAAGCCACCCGUCCAGUCUAGAGCAGUACCAGAGGGUGAGGCCGGAAGGUGAAGGGGCCUCUGGUUCCAGACCAAGGAGCCAGGGUAAUGUUCAGAGCUUGUGUUUCAAGUUCGGUGGUGGUGGUGGUGGUGUCAGUGGCCUUGCAUGUGGUUCCGUUGAUCUCGGCCGCCCUAAGCGACGGCUUCCCACACCACCCUCGGAACGUGCUCCAUUGGACGUCUUUGUGCCAUCCACAGAAAGCAGCAGUGCUGCGAACACUGUGAGGAAGUCUGCAUCUGCGGCUGUUCCAGUUUCCACUCCAUGUGCCAAUGCCACAGCAAGAAAGCGACUGGGCUCCGCCGGGAGCCGCCAGAGUCCCCCGUGCUCUCCGCCCAGAACCCACCGGACCACAUAUACCAAGACUCCAUCCAACAAAGUCAUGUCGACAUCAUUUGGUGACGGGACCUUUCUACGGCAGACGCCAGCGGCCAGCAGUUCUACACAGCGCCGAAGUGCGCCAACGCAGCGCAAGUCAUGGGGACUGACCGGCUCCGAAGCUGACUUGGCUGCUAGUGGUGAUACAGUUUGUGGCUCUGAGGAGACUGCCAGUGUUGUGUCCGACACCAGCACAGAGCCGUCGUCCCACAGCUCGGGCUCCAGAGGCGGUCCACAGAUGAAGCUAAACCGGGCCUUUGCCCUGAGGAGGGCGCGACUGGGGCUACCAGAGGUGGGUGGGCUUCCCCCCGCGACGGCGGCACCUUCGCGUGGGAAAACGCCCCACCAUGGCAGCAAUCCCAACCUCUCAAGGCAAGAUGGCGGCCGCUUCAGCCUCCGACUGCCUCGCGGAGUCAGAGCCACGGACGCCGGCGUCACACGGGCGGAGCUGCUUCGUGGAAAAGCCCACCAGCGCAACGACAGUGACCCCACGGCUGCCUAUCGUUUACAGCAGCACUCUGUGUCCGACGGAGAAAGUCGUCACCACUCCCCGCGAAUCCAGAGGAAGCAGCCGGCUGGCACGUCCUACAUAUCGGACGGUGAUGACGAUGCCCGGACGGGGUCUCCGGUUCAGUUUGGACGCUCGGCAUCCUUUGGCGGCCACCGUGACCUCGCGCUGACACCAGCUGCACCUGAUCGGCAACAACGAGGUCGUUCUGGAGGUAUGCCAACGACGGGCAGCUCGCUGUCACGUGGUGAAACAUUCCUCAAGGGAGGUGCAGGAGCCAGUGGCAGCACCUUUGUCCGAAGUGGACGCAAGCCAGAGAGGCAGUCUGGCGACGGAGAGAGCAAGACACCUACAGAAAAUGGUGUGAAGACUCCGUCCACGACACCGGGCAGGAGAGAGCUGACUGCAUUGGACAGCCUCGUAAUCUCUGCCAUACACCAGCUGUCGGGGAAGCUGCGUACUAGCGCUCGCACACUCAUCGAGAAGGAAAGGCUGAAGUAUCCAGAAAACAGUGAUGUAAGGCUUAUGUUAGAAGAGGUUCUUCCAAGGGUUGUUGAGAGGCGACCUAGCGACUCUCCGACUGAUGGCAACUUGACAAGAGAACUUUCAAGCAUCCUGAAAAACCUCAAGAGGAUCGAACAAAGCCUUGAAGUGCUGAACUCUCUGGCCCCAUGCGAAGGUGGCAGCUCGUCGGCUGUUGCCCAGGAAACCACGACCAAAACAGCGCCCACAGCCCAGAAGCCAAGGGGUGGCUUUUUCUAUGUGGACGUUUGAGAAGCGGUGGUGUGCUAGACAUCCCUUGGCUACACCCAUCGAGAUUUGCCAUGUCUGCCAAUGGAAACUUUGCAAAACUGCUUGCCUGUUUAGGGGGAGUAGGCAUGAUUUUGCGGGAGCAUGACUUUAUAUUGACACUUGUCCGCUUGCAUCCAUUCUCCAAUUCAUUUUUAUCCUCCUAGCUUUGUUGCUCUGGGUCAAGCUCUGUGUGUCAUUUCAUCGCAAGCACUCCUACCAAAAGUUCUCGUUCAAGAAUCUGAAGGAUCGUGCUCAAUGUUUGCAAUAUGCCAGUUGAAGAUGGCUGUCAUUUUUUUACGUGGUCCACUUGGGCACAUCCUGAAAGGCGCUGUUUUAGUUGUUAUUUAUGUUCUUUUCUUCUAAUUUGUUCUUUUAUGUUGUUCUUUUAAGUAAAACCUCGAUAAUUCUAACUCUGAAAAUUUCGGGACUGUGGAAGUUCUACAAAUUACUCGGGAUUCCCAAUUAACAAUAUAAAUUUGAUCAGAUAAUUUCAGCUUCCAGCCUGCCACUUCCUGGUUAAUUCACAAACUGGGCUGCUGCAACAAAACUUCUGAUCUUGGAGAUUUGGUGUCAUGUCCAACUUCAAGCACCAGUGACGAGUCCUUCUGAGUAACAUAAACCAGCCUCAAAGUCCACGCUUUUGCUGGCUCCAUGUGCCGGAAGCAGCUUUAAAAGCCAGAAACAUGUCUCAGACCACCAUGUGACAUGGCGUGACAGUCCAGACUGACUGAAAGAAGCAGCUCGGGCAGCCCACAUGCCGUUGCGCUAGUUGCCGGCUGAUUGCCCGCAGAAGCGAACACCGCUUCACACGUGCGGCCGUCAGUACAUCCCGUGCAUGUUCGCUUGCACCUCGCACCUGAUCUGCUAUGUAGUCUACGGGUACGAUCAUAUUAAGGCUGGGUAUCCCGCAAUGGCAUUACUACUGCCACCUGCACCGCCUAGGCGUAAUCGGCACCGCUUCGUCAGGAGUUGGUGGAUAAAGUCGCGGUUUAAUGCCUAGUUGGCGAAACUCUUUGCAGCGACUGUACUGUCCGUACGACACUUGGAAAGCCGAGAAAGUGCCCUGACGGCAAGGCCACACUUGUGAUAUUUCCGUUAGUCCAAAGAAUUUAGCGAAAAUGGAGAGAAUUAACUUUGGCCACUGGGGGUUCUUUAAUAUGCAGCUAAAUUUAAUUAUAUAUAAGAGUGUUAUCGCAUUUUGCUCCCACUGAAAUGCAACUGCCGUGGUAAGGAUGGACUCGGGACCUUAAGCUCGACAGCGCUAGGCCAUAGUCGCUACACUGACUCAAAGGGUUUCAGGCAAUAAAGGUGUGCCACCUCUGUAAACAUUUUGACUGGUUUUAAUGUUUUCAUGCUAUUUUUGAUAAUUGGGAAUCCUGCUUAAUUGGAAUAAGCCUCUGCCUGUAAGACUUUGAAUUAACAAGCUUUUACUGUAUUUUCUUAUCUCAAUAGCUUGCGAAUAGAUGCGCGAGCCGUAUAGUCAUUUUUACGCCAGCGCAGCUAACGUGUACAAAAAUACCGACCAUGUCCGCUGUUGUUAAGCAUGAAGUCCAUCCUUGCGAUGAACUUUCACUGUUUUGUUUUUUGUUCACAAACUGAAUUUAUAGAGCAAAUCUUGUUCUAUGCCCUGUACAUAAACAUGUAAAUGAGAAGGCACUGCUUUGUGAUACUUUAAGGGGCUGCAUUCAACCCUUCAGUGAUGCAUGUGUUGACAGUAUACAUAAUGUGUUGUACAUUGCUGUUGAUAUUACAUAGAGAAUGCCCUCUUAUAGUAUUGUAUGCUUUUUCUUCAAGAAGCGAGCUUGAAAUACUGAAGUGUGCUUUGAGACAAAUCCUCGGCAAGAGGGGACUGCAUGUUUCAGGGCGUAAUAUAAUAAAGGCAGCUCUCUAAAAAACUGGUGCACUUUUUUUUUCCCCAGGAUUGCUGAUGUUAUGUCGUUUGAUUCAUACAAUAAAAAGUCUUCCGAAUCUGUG